CCGGUGUGUGUGACACUGAAGCGUUGGUUGUCGGAUAACGCUAGAAAACUCAUUUCAUUUCAUCUCUUAAUACUGAACAUCCGCUCUCAUUAUGAAUAAAGACUUGAGCGAAGAAGCGCUGCAAGACCUUUACGCUUGGAUCGAUAAAAUAAAACUCUCCAGACCUAAAAGAAACAUAGCCCGCGACUUCAGUGAUGGAGUUAUGACUGCUGAAGUUGUGAAGUACUUCUACCCCAAGCUGGUGGAUGUGCACAACUACACUCCUGCACACUCCACUCAGCAGAAGCUGAGUAACUGGAACACACUGAACAGGAAAGUCUUCUCCAAGCUGAAUUUCCACAUACCAGAGGACACAGUGAAGAAGAUAGCGUUGAGCACUCCAGGCAGCAUUGAACCAGUGUUAUGUGCACUCAGAGAGAGACUAGAGGACAGGCAAGUGGAAAGAGUUCCAGACGGCACACAGGAUUUGGAGUACUACAGCACUGUAAAUGAAAAAACACACACAGAAAAUCGCCAGGUUACUCUUGAGACCUCUAACAAGACAGCAACUCAAGUAAAAAAGGCACAUAAAUCCAGUCCUCUUAUAGUACCAGCCCAAAAUGUGGACCCAGCCUUCCGCUUGCUUUUGGAGGAGAAGGAGCAAGCUCUGUUAGCUUUGCAGGAGACUGUAGAGAUAUUACAGAUAAAGGUGAACAGGCUGGAGCAUCUGGUCCAUCUGAAGGAUCUGCGCAUUGAGGACCUGACAAAACACUUGGAGCGAUACAAAACACGCAACAACAUCCCGUGAUAAAUAUUCAGGGACACAGCACUAUAGCUCAGAAUAAAGGUACAAAAGUACAAAGACGGAUGAUAAAAAUUCAUAACAUUAAUAACGCAAUAUCUGUUUUUCCAGACUUGCAAUUUUUAAGGCUGCACUAUGUAAGAUUUUAGGGCCUGGAGACCUCUCUGGUGGAAAUGUGUAAUACCACACAAUGCACGGAAGAACAUUUUGUAGGGGUGUGACCCCUUCCCCAAGCAGGAAAAUCUGAUUAUCGUGAAGGCUUUGAAAUUGGUAAACAUGCCAGGGAAUGUAAGUGAAUUAUGUGCUGUUGUAAUCAUAUCUUCAUAAGUACAUUGUUGUAGUUGAUUUUGUAUUUGAGACCUGAACAUCAAGCCUGACCUUCUUUUUGAACCUGUGAGUGUGACAUUAAUACGUAAAGAUGUAUGAUGUGGUCCGAAAAACUCCCACAAAAUCCGACCCAACACCUCCGAUUAUUUCAGGCUUUACUGGGUGAUUCACAGCCGCACACUAUAUGUUAGCAUAUUUUUUUCUCCUGACUCAAUAAUGCUACUUCUUUCAAUUUUAUCAAGAAUAUCUUGCAAAGUUAGUUUGUGCUUAAAUAAU